AUGCCCAACAGCAUCCCGCCCUCCGAAAACAAGCCGGGCGACGCGUAUCACUUCGACGAAAAUGAGAUUUUUGACGAGAACCAGCUGCGCCAGGCCAUCGAGGACGCUCUGCACGCCGACAAGGACAAACAGCUAUUUACCGAGAUCAACAGCGCGAUCCAGGCCCUCGACGGCCCCGCAGACGACGCCAAGCCGGAUGACGAGCUCACUCAGGCCAUCGCCGAGGCAAUUGACCACGUUAAGCCCGCCGAGCACGCGGAAUCCGGCGUCGAGACUCUCGAGCCGCUCGGGCCGCUAGAAUCGCUGGGGCUGCCACUGGACUCGAACGAGCCGGAGCUCGAGUCGGCCCUUGCCGAGAUGGUGCAGACCGUGGUCGACACGAACCUGUUCCCGGACAAAGACGCACCCAAAAAACACACAGAGACAGACCUGGAGCAGUUCCAGUGGACCAAAAUGAUGGAGAAGGCGAUGGAGAUGGCGAUGGAGAACCCAGAGCACCUGAUCUCGUCGCUGAACGACGCCGACCCGGGCGAAAAGCUCAAGAAGAAGCAGACGGCGAAAAGCAAGCGCAGCCAGAUCAACCUGGCUGUGCAGCAGCGGUUGCAACAGCAGGCGCGGGCUCUGCUGGCGCAGCAACAGCGCGACCGCGAGCUGCGGCAGCGGCUGGAGCAGGACAAGCAGCAGACACAGAAGAGCGCUGCGGAGCAGCUGCCGGCGAGCGUCCUACAGUUCACGGUGCCGACGCCGCCGACGUCGAUUCCCGGCCCUGUGAAGAGCGGCGAGAAGGCGUCUGUGCUGGAGCAGUUCCAGAAGUUCCAGCGGCCAGACGAUAACAAGUCGCCGUCGGUAGCCGACACACUCGCCGCACAGCGCGAGAAAAUGCUGCACGCCUACGCGAAGCAGAUGUCGCGAACGCUGCCGCAGGCCUCGCCACCAGCGCAGUCGUAUGCGAAAAAGUCCGAGGGCUCGUUCCUGCGCACGAUUCUCUCGAGUCUCAACCUUGCCCAUCUCGACACCUCGCAGAUCGCAGAGCAAAUCUCGCCGCCGCAGCUCGAAGCGAUCCGUGUCAGUGUGUCCUCCGCCGUGGACGUGCUGCGCAGCAGCCAGUCGCUCACCAAGGCCGCUCCGAAUAGCAGCGACAAGCAGGAGUCGCCCAAGCUCGACGACAAGGAGCGUAUCCGGAUCGAAAAUCGAGAGCGCAAGAAGAGAUGGCGAGUUAUCAAUAUCGAGCGGAACAGAGACAAUGACUUGCGCGCGCGCGUCAUUAAGCGAGCCGGCCAGAUCUUCACGAACCCGGAGGACGAGGAAAUCAAGAAGAAAUGGAUAGCAGAGGAGUUUGAGCGUCGCAAGCGGAAACGGCUUGAGAAAAACGGCACCGACGCGCCGCUUGUCCAGUCCAACGAGCUCGAGCACCGCUCCGAGUCUGUGGCAGCUCUUCUGGCCGAUCCACAGGUAUCCGCCAAUAUUCACGCCUUAUACCAAACUCUUUGUGGAGCCGUGCCGAGCGACGACAAGCUGGCCACGGUUUCCGUGCUGGCCACCUCAUUGGCUGCCGCAUACGUCGUUUCGAACAAGUCGCUCAGCGAGAACCUUGUGCCGUCGAUUGUGAGCUCGCUAGUGAAUUCGCUCAAUAACCAGCUCAACGGGCCUGCUGCGCAGUCGGGAACGCUUAGUUUCAAAGUGAUGGACCCAGCACCAAAACACGCCACCGAACCCGGGCAGCAGGGCGAGGUGAAAAAGGUGAAAAUCGACCCGGACCUGAUCAAUCUACCAGACCAUUUAUCGAAAUUCGCCAGACCCACCUUAGAAGAACACCACGAUGCCGCGUACGCGCGGCCAGCAACGGUCUCCCACCAGCCGCGAGCCCCGCACUACCAGCGGCCGCCGGCCGAGCCCAAACCCAGCACCCCUACUGUGCGGUCGAUCGUGUCCAAGACGCCUGUCUCAGAUUCCGUGGGCGGGCUACGCAAACCGGGUGCAUUCAGAAAGCCGGUUGGUUUCGAGAAACGCGGCUUUGGGAUUGCUCCGCUGCCUCAUAAAGGGUGUUAG